GCCAACGAAGUUUAAUGAUUAUGUAUUUUUCUCUGUACAUCGUUUCUGUUGUAAACAAUUAACAUUUAUUCGGAAAAUACGUGUCGCGGCGCGACGCCGAUCAUGAUCUAGUGCAGCGUCCGGUUUGCAAUCAAUUGCAACGGAUUUGUUGUCAACAUAUUCACGGCUUAACCUAAUAGACUAACGUUAAAUAAACCUAUAUGGGUUUGGUUGCUUAAAAAUAUAUCGAUCACAUUGAGACCAACGGAAUAUUGUUGUGAAAUAUAUAGAAAUAUACACUGUAAAAAAUGAGUGAGAGUGCAUUGGUAAAUGAUGUGCCUGAAAGCAACGGUGGGCCAGAACAACCAAUUUUCAACGGAGAAAUUGAGGAACAUAGAAAUAAAUCACCUGUAAGUGCAGAAGAUAAAGCUCCUGAUUCUAUAUGCGACAAUGGUGUGAAGAAGAAUAAUACAAAUUCUGGUAUUGUAAGCAAUACCACUAGUACAAGUAAUAGAUCGAAAAAACGUAAGAAAGCUCCAAGAGAUGCAACUGCUCCAAAGCAACCACUCACUGGAUACUUUAGGUUCUUAAACGAUCGAAGAGAAAAAGUAAGGAGCGAUAAUCCAAAUCUAUCAUUUACUGAAAUCACAAAGCUUCUUGCGUCAGAGUGGAGUUCAUUACCAGCUGACCAGAAACAGCAGUACUUAGAUGCGGCAGAGCAAGACAAAGAACGUUAUAAUCGUGAAUUCAGCGAUUAUAAGCAAACAGAGGCGUACCGUUUGUUCAAUGAAAAACAGUCCUUGGAGAAGCAGCAAGAAAGUAAAAAGGAAAGAAACGGGACUGAUGUGAAUCCUGAGCAAAAUGAUAUUCAACAGGAAAAAGACAAUGAUUUCACAGGGUUCGAUAUUCCAAUUUUUACAGAAGAAUUUUUAGAUCACAAUAAAGCAUGCGAAGCAGAACUACGGCAAUUACGAAAAGCUACAUCCGACUAUGAGGCACAAAAUGCUGUUCUUCAACGGCACGUGGACAGUCUGUACGCAGCUGUAAAUCGUUUGGAAUCUGAAACAAAUCAACAACGCACGACGAAUCAAGCUUUACAACGUCACUUGGAUUCCCUACGUUCGCAGUUAGCCGGCUGUUUCGCGACGGUGCCUCUUCCAGGCACACACGAAGGUGCAACCUUACAAAAUAUCGACAAUUAUGUCGAACGAUUAGAGUCAUUGGUAAACGGUAACGCCGAACAGUCUUUACGGAGUGCUCUGCGUGGCGCAGUUUCUCGCCUUGAAUUAAUUGGAUGACGAUCGCCCCCCGGUAGUACAACUACUACGUCGUUGAAGCAUCAUCGGUCAAGACACUCGCAUCGAAAAUAGAAAGAAAAAACGACCGUUGUUUUGUUUUUUUACAUACUUUGUAAAAUACAAUUCAUUCC